UCUUCUGGAUAAGUGUGAAUUAAAGGUACAUUUGGAGUUGUAAGAGCGAGGUUGUCCAACCCAGCAAUCCUUGUAAGGCGCUUCAGAAGUCAUGGCAUUAAGUCGAAUGUUCGCCGGAUUGCAAGUCACCCGUCAGCUGGUUCCUCAGAGCUGGGGAUGGGCUCCUGUCGUGGCUGCGAACAAACACACUCAGUUCAGAAGCAAGCGAUGGCAACACACAGAACCUCAAACUAGUUGUACCUGGCAACUGUUGGACAACUGCUUUGAAUUCCGUUACAAUGGUCUUGUAAUGCACUUCGACUACGUGUGGCUGAGGGACCACUGCCGCUCUGCCUCAUGCUACAACUCCAAAACCAACCAGCGUAACUUGGACACCGGAACCAUUGACCUUAACAUCCGGCCCACGAAGACCAGGGUUGACGAAGAAAACCUCUUCCUCACAUGGCCUGAUGGUCAUAUUACACGCUACAACCUGGCCUGGCUGUUAAAGAACAGCUACGAGGGCCAGAAAUUAAGCGCCGUGCAACCACGUAUCCUGUGGAAUUCUGAGAUUUACACGAAUGCUAAGAUACCUUCUGCCAGCUGGGACAAGUUUAUGAGCUGUGACGAGGAGCUGAAAAAUUUCUUGAAUAACUUUUUGCUGUACGGAAUUGCAUUUGUAGAGGACGUACCUGCUACAUUAGAUGCCACAGAGACAGUGUCUAAACGAGUUAGCAUUCUUAGAGAAACGAUUUAUGGACGUAUGUGGCAUUUUACUUCUGAUUUAUCUCGUGGAGACACUGCAUACACAAAGCUGGCCCUGGACCGCCACACUGACACUGCGUACUUCCAAGAGCCUUGUGGGAUUCAGGUGUUCCACUGCCUGAGGCAUGAAGGUACGGGAGGCAGGACACUGUUGGUGGAUGGCUUCUACUCUGCCAACAAGGUGCUCCAGCAGUCACCUGAGAACUUUGAACUCCUCUCUCAUGUCCCCAUCAAACAUGAGUACAUUGAGCACCUUGGCAGCCACCAUAACCAUAUGAUUGGCAUCGGCCCAGUGCUCAGUGUGUACCCAUGGAAUAAUGAAGUCUUCAUGAUCAGGUAUAACAACUACGACCGUGCCGUGAUAAAUACAGUUCCUCAGGACGUGGUGCAGCGCUGGUAUGCUGCUCACAGGCAGCUUACCGAAGAGCUGAGGAAGCCUGAGAAUGAACUGUGGGUCAAACUCAAACCUGGCAAGGUCCUGUUCAUUGAUAACUGGCGGGUACUUCAUGGUAGAGAGUCCUUCACUGGUCUCCGACAGCUCUGUGGCUGCUAUUUAACCAGAGAUGAUGUACUCAACACAGCUCGCUCGCUGGGUCUGCAAGCCUAAACAGAAGUCAGGACUGGCAAAAAUCUAAGAACCAGCUUUACCAAAUGUUCUGCAAUGGAGCUGCAGAAUGCAGAAAUCUGUACAUUUGAGAACCUUGUGCUGUUUUAUGUAUUUUGAUCGAGGAGUAGGAACUUUGGUUCACCAGACAUUUUUAGAAUCAUGACAGAACCAUGAUUCAGUAGGUUUUAUUACCAAAUUAUUAGAAGAAUAUUACAAAAUUAGUUUAUAGUAGGAUGGGCAAUUGUAAUUUUGGCACUUCGAAUAAUGAUACAUUGAUCUCAGUGAUCAUACAAUGAUCAUUCUUUACUUUAAAGUGGCACUGUAAAGUGUUUCACUGUAAAUUGUGUACAAACAGACAUAAAAUUCUUUUAAUGUGAUGAUCAAAGAUUACAAUUACCAAAAGGUAGGCAUUUUAUCAGUUGCAAGUCCAAAUUAGUUUUAAACAAACUACAUUCCUAUAUGGGAUCUAAAUAAGCAUUAAGUACCAACAAAGAACUCCUAUCAGUUUACACAUGAAACAUAUAUUAACAUAUAUUAAACAGCUAAAUAUAUUUUACUCUGUGUUUAUUAACAUCUGUUUUUGUUCAUAUUUUAAGUAAAAAUUAGAUGAAAUUGCUAAGUACUUGUUUUCUCUAUUUAUAGGUAGUUAGAUUAGGGUGUGGUCAGAGGGUAAGAACUAAUGUUCACCUAUCUGACAAGAAGCAUUGAUUCCUGGAAUCUAUUUAAUAUUUUACAUGUGUGUAAGAGACUGUAAUUCAGUAUUUACUAAUUGUAUGAAGACAAAUUGCAUGAAGAUACAAAAACUGGUUUGUGCUGGUCAAAAUGUAUCAUAAAAUCAAGCUUAUAUUUGACUUGCAUGGACAGUGAUCAGGUCAGAUAGUCUAGCUCUAAACCCAGAGGUUAAUGUGUCACAUAAGUAAUUAAAAUUACUAGACAACUAGCUAAACAGUUACCAAUAGUUAUGAACUAGGUACUGACACAAAAUAGUACUUAUUAGUAAUUAGAAUCAGUUAAUACUACAAGGGAUAUGGCAUAACGGCACUUAAAAAUUUACACAUUGGGAAACUACAGUAUAUGUGCUGAAAGGGGUGCUGCUAGGUACUUAGUCUGAAAAUCUACUUUAAGGGAUGCAGAAGCCUUCUUAAGGUACCAAAAAGCUCAAAUCCAACAACCAAGAACGUCCUUGUGUCUGAAAUACAAGCAUGUCAAUACAUGCAAACUUGAGAUUAGCUAUAAACAUUAUCAGCCAUAAUGAGCCUUCUAUAAACAAUGUGUCUAUCAAAUGGAACUGGAAGUGAGUGUUGUUGUUUACUACAAGUUAUUUUUGAGAAGGUGAGCUGCAUUGUACAGGCAUCAUGUACUAUCAACCGCCAAAGCCAAACUCUUUGCUAAUUAUGUACGGAAUGUCUGUAUUGAGAUUGAUUAAGCAUUUUGUAUAUUCUACUCUGUGAUUAUUGUAUUGUUCUGUUACACUCAAAUGCUUCAAUAUCACACCUUACAAAUAAAGAUAUAGUUUUACAGAUUUUA